AUGAUAUACAAUCAAAACAUGACCACGUUUUUGAACCAAAGCGAAGUGGCUGUUGGUACGAUUGAAAACAGCAUCAGCAAGUUCUCGUUGAUUUCGUUGUAAUAUAUCAGUUUAACUCACAAUUAUUUACUAUCGCCGACCAGUGACAUAAACAAACCGAUCAAGAUGCCAAAAGUAAGCUCGCGUUCGGGUCCUCCCCGAAAGUUAUCGACCAACAAAUCGAAACAUUCGAUGAACCCGGAACGCUCAACCGAGGGUUUGAAAGGAGUGGCCAAACCUCGCACCAAAUCCACUAUCAAGCGGCUACAGAUGUACCGGAACUUCAAAGCGAAGCGUGACAGGAAAGGAAAGAUUCUUACACCGGCUCCCUUCCAAGGCUGGGUUUCCAGCGGUACCGUGGCCCGGGUUGAACCGUCGCCCAAAUGGUUUGCCAAUUCCAGAGUGAUUUCUCAGAGCUCCCUACAAAAGUUCCAGGAAGAGAUGGGUAAAGCGAUCCGAGAUCCGUACAAAGUGGUAAUGAAGCCGACCAAUCUGCCGAUCACGUUGCUCAAUGAAACGGCAAAGUAUCAGCGGGUGCACCUACUCGACACGGAAGGAUUCGACACGACGUUCGGACCGAAGAGACAGCGGAAGAGACCUUCCCUGAAGGUGCGGGAUUUGGAAGAUUUUACAAGAAAUGCGGAGGAAUCUGCGGAACGAUAUGACGACAGUAAGGAUCGUGAUUUGAAACGGGAUGAUGGAGGCGUUAAAGAGCAGGUUCGCGAAUGGAUAUUUGCAGCUGGUCAGAGCAAACGUAUCUGGAACGAACUUCAUAAGGUGAUUGAUUCGGCUGACGUGUUACUGCAGGUGCUGGAUGCCCGGGACCCUAUGGGAACACGUUCAAAGUACAUUGAAGGUUUCUUGCGAAAGGAAAAACCUCACAAACAUCUGUUUUUCAUUCUCAACAAAGUGGACCUGGUUCCGAUUUGGGUGACCCAGCGCUGGGUUGCGUUGCUUAGCAAAGAAUAUCCAACUAUUGCUUUUCACGCUUCGCUGACACAUCCGUUCGGAAAAGGAGCGCUGAUCAAUCUACUUCGUCAAAUCGGAAAGCUGCAUGUGGACAAGAAGCAGAUAAGCGUUGGGUUCAUUGGCUACCCGAACGCGGGCAAAUCUUCGGUUAUCAAUGCCCUACGAAGCAAAAAGGUGUGUAAAGUGGCUCCCAUAGCUGGUGAAACGAAAGUUUGGCAGUAUAUCACGCUGAUGAAAAGGAUUUUCCUAAUCGAUUGUCCGGGAGUGGUUUAUCCAACGGCGGAAACCGACACCGAGAAAGUACUGAAGGGAGUGGUUCGGGUGGAGCUCGUCAGCAAUCCGGAAGAUUACAUUGAGGACGUGUUGAGGCGUGUUCGAAAGGAGUAUAUGGUCAAGACGUAUGGAAUUUCCGAGUGGAGUUCCCAUAUUGAUUUCCUGGAGCAGGUCGCUCGGAAGACCGGUAAAUUGUUGAAGAAGGGAGAACCGGACAUCCAGACGGUGGCUAAAAUGGUUUUGAACGAUUGGCAGCGAGGUCGAUUGCCGUUCUACGUUGCUCCGGAAGGAUUUGAAGUGCCUAAGUCAGUGCUGGAUCAAACGGUGGAUGGGGAAGUACCGGCGGAAGAUCAAAAAAGUUCGUAUUCCGGAGUAACUGCAACCCCAACCAUCCCAGAAUCAAUUAAGAAGGGUAAAGAACUGUUCCAAAUUCAGGACUUCCGGAAGAUUAAGGUGAACCUUGAGUUCGAAAGCGAUGAUAUUAGGGAAAUUGAUAAAAUUGACUUGGAACUACUGGAGAAGCUGAAAGAGGAAAAGAAAAUCGAAGCGUCAAAGAAAAGGAAGAAACAAUCGGCGGCGGAGAAUCAGGAAAACGUCGAAGGGGAUGACGAUUCAUCAGGAAUUUCCGACUUCUAUUCCGAAGAUGAGUAUGACGAGGAAAAGGAAAAAGUGGUACACAAAAGUGCCAAAGGUAAAUCGGUUGCCAACGGGACUGCUGCUGGUAAGGAAAAGAGUAAAACGAAAACUGCUAGUGGCAGCUUCAUUGUCGAAGAAGAUAAGGCGGGCGAAAAUAAGCUUCUAAAAAUGACCGCCAAACAACGUAGGGCGGUGGAGCGAGCUUCCAAGCGAAAAAAGAUUGGAAGCAAUUUCUAUGAAACUCACAAUGUCAAAAAUAGGAACCGCAACAAGAAAUCUGUUGAAUAGUUGAGUAUGUUUUUUGCCUUUUCAGGUAUCUAGUUAAAAAUAAAUUAAUUACACUU